UUUUGAAACAGAACCCCUCCUUGAGUCAUACACCGUUUGCCUUUAGCAAUGUUAUUGUUUUCAUAUCGUGUAUCUUCAACGGAGAGCUUAUAUUUGGGUCUUGAAUAUUCAAGAAUGCAUCCGGACCAUCACAUUCAAUGCCUUAACUGAUCUGUACUGUCAGCAUGAACGACAUGAACCUCAGCCCGGUGGGCAUGGACCAGCUUAGCGUGCCCCCUGUGAGUGCGAGUCACCUCUGCCUUCCCACAUCUCCAACCCACAAUCCUAUCACCACUCAAGGCAUGCCAGUCGCUAUACCCAGCUUGGGUCCAUCACUUGGGCCGCUCCCUUCAGCAUUGUCCCUGAUGUUACCCAUGGGUCCUUUAGGGGACAGAGGUGUGAUGUGUGGCCUUCCAGAGAGAAAUUAUACUUUACCACCUCCUCCAUAUCCCCACCUGGAGAGUAGCUACUUCAGACAUAUUCUUCCAGGUAUACUGUCAUAUCUGGCAGACCGUCCACCACCUCAAUACAUUCAUCCUAGCAGCCUUAACAUGGACGGAACUCUUUCUGUGUCCAACAACAACCCCACUGGCUUAGAUCCGUACAGUGUUCCAGGUGGUCCUCUAGAACAGGGCCUUGUGUCCCUAGACUCACGGCAGGUCGGAGGCCAAACCAAUCUCCACCAAGGCGGAUCUCACGAAGUGCAGCUGGACACGACGGGACUGAGCAUGGAGUCACGUUCACAAUUAAGCGUCAGUAGUCCAAUAUCUCACGAUGGAAUGGAAGAGGACUUGGCCACCAUGGAGGGUGUAGAGACCCAACAGCAGCUCGGGACCAGACCUCAGCCUCAUGAAGGUUUGGUGGGUGUGGACUCUUCAGGAGGUGUUAUGCCCCUGCACGGAGCAGGGUUGGAACUGCAAGUGGUGAUGGAUCAGGAGCAUAUGGAAAGAAGAUUAGGUACCAACACCACAGGAGCAGGUGGUCCUGGUUCUCUGGGUGAAGCAUUGCACUCCACAGGAGAGCUGAGCUCUGGGGUGGUUAGCAUUGUGCUUACCGGUGCCAUGCGCCCACAGACUCAGCUUGAACCCGUUCCUUUACACGGACCUUCAGGUAUGGGACUUGAACCCGUCAACGUGUCACCCAUCACUGCUGAGGUUUCUUUAGGGCCAGACAACAGUCUGGUGUUGGUGAACUCUUCAUUGCAUCUAGAAGACUCAACGUCCAAUAAGGAAAACAUGGCCAAUGCCUUUAACAUUUGGUGCACUUUGUGUGAACGGUCAUAUUCCUCCGACUGCCCCGAACAUGGACCUGUCACAUUCAUCCCAGACACGCCCAUUCAGAGUAGAGCCCGCCUCUCUCUGCCCCACCCCAUAUGCCUCCGGAUUUCCUUAACUGAUGAGCCGAUUGGUGUGUUUGCUCGAGAAACCAUACCUUCACGUACCUGCUUUGGGCCUAUGGUUGGACAGCACUGCAGCAGUGUGGAACUUACAGACUGGUCUGACAAAGACACUCCUCAAAUAUGGAAGAUGUUCCAUAACGAUAUUCAAGAGUUCUGUAUCGUAACGACAGAUGAGCAUGAAUGCAACUGGAUGAUGUUUGUACGGAAAGCAAGAACGUCAGAAGAGCGGAAUCUUGUGGCGUAUAUUGACAACGGGAAGCUUUAUUUCUGCACAUCCAGAGAAAUACUGCCUGACCAGGAGCUGCUGUUCUAUUACAGCAGGGACUACAGCAGGCAGUUGGGCGUCCCAGCAGUUCCAGAAGGCCAGAUUUGCCACUGUGGAAAAGAAUGUUCCUCUUUCACCGAAUUUAAAUCUCACUUGAACAGCCACGCCCAGAGUCAUAGCCCCGUCCAGGACCACCCUGCUCACACCACCCACAGCCAAACACAACAGCAGGAAAAAGAGACCAACGAAGGAUCCCGAUCCGCUUCCUCUCAACAGUGGCAGCGCCAUUCGGAUGUGAAUGAACAUUCUGGUAGCAAUGGGCACACUCACGGCCGUGAGAGGAAGUUUAAAUGCAGCAUGUGCCCGAGAGCGUUUACCACGUCGACUAAACUGAACGUGCAUUUCAUGGGUCACAUUGGCAUGAGACCGCACAAGUGCAGCUACUGCAGCAAGGCUUUCAGUGACCCCAGCAAUCUUAGAAAACACCUAAAAAUUCACACAGGUCAGAAGAACUUCAGGUGUACAGUAUGCGGGAAGUCUUUUACUCAGAAAGCACACGUGGAAUCUCAUAUGGCUAUACACAAUGGUAUCAAGAACAUUAAGUGUGACCAUUGUGAUAGGAUGUUUGUGCGGAAACAAGACCUCAAGCAGCACAUGUAUUCACAUUCACUAGACCGCCAGAUAACCUGUCCGAAAUGUGACAAGCAGUUCUUAAAGACUGACCAUCUCAAGAAACAUUUAAAUUCUCACGAUGGCAAACGGGAUUUUAUUUGUGAAAAAUGCAACAAGGGCUUUCUCACCAAAUACCACCUCACACGACACCUCAAAAUCUGCAAGGGGCCGAAAACUGGUAGAAGGGCAGCACAUGGUGAAGAAGGGGAAGAUGAGGAUGAGGACGAAGAAGAUGAGGAAGAAACGAAGGGAACUGAAGGACAGAUUAAUCCAGCUAAUGAUGAGGAGUGCAGAAUAGACAUGGGGACAUACUCUUCAGAAAAAAGUCUAUAACUUUAUCCUAAAAUGUAAUGCCUUGUUUAGAAUAUUUAUUUAUCCUUAUCUUCUUUUUUCAUUCUAAGACUCUAAAUUCAUGUUGCCAAAAUCCAUGUAUCCAUCAAGUGGAUAACAGAUCCUAACAAUAUAAUUAGAUUUAAGUAAGUAUUAUGAGUCAAUUGUCACUUUUAAAUAUAUUAUAAUUCAGAAAUCGAACAAAUUACAUUUGAGUGUUUAAACCAGUGUGUAAUAUAUUUGUUUACAGCAAUCGUGUCUGUUUGGUACACGUGUAUCUCUAAAUUGUAUUUAUUUUGUAAAUAAAUGAAUUCUUCAAA